AGAGCGUGGAGGAGUGGGGGGAAUCAAAAUGUGCUGCUUAAUCAGAUUAGGACGGAUUUCUGCUGAUGAAUUAAAAUCCUGAAAAGUAGUUACUAGGAGCUCAAGAGACUGGCAGGGAAGCUGGCUGGUAAGAUGUUGCUAUUUCAGGGAAACUGGGAUGAAGUUAAAUCAUGUUUAAAACAACGAUGCCAGCGAUAAAUAUAGAGGACCUCAGUGAGAAGGAGAAACUGAAAAUGGAAGUAGAACAGCUACGCAAAGAAGUCAAAUUGGACAGGCAACCUGUUUCUAAGUGUUCAGAAGAAAUUAAAAAUUACAUUGAAGAAAGAUCUGGAGACGAUCCUCUGGUGAAAGGCAUUCCUGAAGACAGAAAUCCUUUUAAAGAGAAAGGAGGCUGCAUAAUUGCUUAGAGAGGAACAGGAUUUAGGCAAUUUUUGAAAGUGGCAUAAUAACAAAAACCCUUGAAGAACUAACUCAAUUUAUGUUCCAGUUUUUACCAAACCAAUACAGAUUUUUUUAAAAAUGAGAAUGGAAUUAUCUGCUUAUAAUUUCCUCCCUUGAAGCAAAUUCUUGCUUAAUGUAUCACUAAAUACAUUCCUAGAAGCUGUUUCCUGCUUUUAAAAUUUCCUGUGCUGCUCUCUGGUUUGAAUAAUGAUAAAAAAAACUAUUUGUACACCUAUUUGUACCUAUUUGUACAGUGUUAUUUUUGAAAAGAAAUUUCAAGAUGCAUAAUUAAACAUCUCGCCUGAA